AUUUGCUCACAGGAGUGGUAAAUUAACAUUGACAAUUAACAUCUCACAUGAGGAACCUGGAACAACACCUUGUUUGCAGAGGAGACGGAGCUGGAAAGCGUAUAUAAAGCAGCUUCACUGAUUAUUUUUCUAUGGUCUUUGCAGAUACCAACUACUGACACCAACCACUGACAGUCGUCAUCAUGGCUUUCACAGGGAAAUACGUGCUGGAAAAAGAGGAGAAUCUGGAGGAGUUCUUAAAGGCUGUUGGGAUUAAAAAAGAGGAUCUGAGCAACGAGGCGAUGAUUACAGAUAUGUACCAGAACGACAGAUUCAGGUUGACGAAGACUGUGAAGGACAAAACCUGGAACAACCAGUUCACCAUUGGGCAGGAGAGUGAGCUGCAAACUGAAGCUGGAGAGACGUUCAAGACCACUGUCACUCUGAACGGAGGGAAACUGAAGAUUCAGUUUCCUAAAUAUCUCUACACUGCAGAGGUGCAGGAGCACGACAAGCUCAUUGAGGUCAGGUCAGCUGGGGCAGUUUCCAGUACCACCACUAGUAGGAGGAUGAUGUGAACAGCUUCACAUUGAAUAAAUAAAAGAAAUGUGUCAUGUUUUUUUGCGUAAAAUCAUUGUCAUCACUAGACAGAGUCCAGUCGGUUAUUUAUCAAAGUGAAGUUGCCCUAUUAGCUGGUAAGAGAGUAUUUAUUUGUCUCAGUUAAGACCAUGUUCUUUCUUUG